AUGACUGUGCUCAACAAUCAACAAGGCGCCACCCGCAACCUGGUUGAGGAGAAACACCACCAAGACAGCUCAAUCAGCCCAACAGACGACUCGACCGAGGAUUCCAACAAUGAAGUCUCUGAAGCUGAGCUAGCUAUCACUGAGCCGGAGGCACCGCCGCGAGACAUCAAUGGCUGGAAGUGGUAUUUGACACUGGUCUCCAUAUUGGCUUCCACCUUCCUAUAUGCUCUCGACGCGACGGUCGUAGCUGAUCUUCAACCUGUCAUCGUGCAGGAGCUCGGUGGUAUUGAGAAGAUACCGUGGUUGAGUGUGGCAUUUUUGUUGAGUGCGACGGCCACCAAUCUGGUCUGGGGCCGCAUGUACGGCCACUUCACUGCCAAGUGGUUUUACAUCUUCCAUGUGACUAUUUUCGAGGUCGGCUCCGCCAUUUGCGGUGCGGCUCCGUCUAUAUAUGUCAUGAUUCUGGGGCGUGCCAUCGCUGGGGUGGGAGGCACAGGGCUCUACCUUGGCUGCAUGACGCUCAUCGCCACCACCACCACAAUCGCCGAGCGCCCAAUCUAUAUCUCCUGUACCGGCCUUACCUGGGGUCUUGGGAUCGUGUUAGGCCCCGUGAUUGGAGGUGCUUUCAGCGAAUCGUCCGUGGGAUGGCGAUGGGCUUUCUACAUCAACCUUUUCAUUGGGGCAGUUUGCGCACCCGUCUACAUCUUCCUGAUUCCGAGUAAGGAUCCUCGCCCAGGCGCUUCCGCUAAGGAGCGCGUAUCUGAGCUCGAUUAUGCUGGCAUCGUGCUGCAAGCUGGCUUGCUGACGGCAUUAAUCCUUGCUAUCAACAUGGGUGGGAUAGUAUAUCCGUGGAACUCGGGUCGAAUCAUCGCGAUGUUUGUCGUCUUCGGCGUGCUUUGGAUCUUACUUGGCUUUCAGCAAGUAUUGGCAAUAGGCACCACAGUCCCGCAGCGUAUCAUCCCAGUGCAGUUCUUAAAAUCGCGCACUGUUCUUCUUCUCUUCGGAACGAGCGCGGCAGGUGGCGCAUGUGCCCUCGUACCAAUCUACAUGGUUCCCUUAUUCUUCCAGUUCAUUCGAACGGAUAAGCCACUCGAUGCUGGCGUGCGUCUGCUCCCUUUUGUGGUAGUAAUGGUGGUAUUCGUCUUUGUCAAUGGUAAUUUGAUGGCUAGGCUGGGGCACUAUAUGCCUUGGUUCCUAGUGGGUGGCUUGUUCACUGUAGCCGGGGCCGCCCUCAUGUAUACAGUUGGCCAGGACACCUCCGAAUCCCAAGUGUACGGCUACACGGUAUUGCUCGGUGCUGGUGUUGGUAUGUUCCUCCAAGCAUCGUUCCCUGUUACUCAGGCCGUUGUGGCUGCAGAGAACAUUGCACCGGCGAUCGGUUUCAUCACGCUGGCGCAGUUCGUGGGUAUCACCCUCGCUCUCGCCAUCGCAAACGCCAUUCUCCUAAAUUCCAGCCAGCAAAAGAUUCAACAAAUAUUGCCUAAAGUGCCGGCAUCUGAGAUCAAACUCGCCAUCUUGGGUGCUCAUUCGGACCUUGUGCAGAACCUCUCGUUGGACUUGAAGACCCAAGUUCUAGACGCCAUUGUUGAUGCAAUCGCUAAAACCUAUAUUCUUGUCAUCGUAGGCGGAGCUCUCGUCGCCGUUUCAGGUUUGCUCAUGCGCCGCCAGAAACUCUUCGGCGCCGGCCCUGGAGUUGUGGUUGCCUGA